GCCAUGCCGCACGUCCUGAGAUUCGGAGGCAUUUUCGAGUCUAUCGAGAGUGGCCCGUCUGGUGCUGAAGAACUGGCCUUCAAAUUUGCACUGAACACCAUCAACAGGAACCGGACGCUGCUGCCCAACACCACGCUCACCUAUGACAUCCAGAGGAUCAAUGUCUUUGACAGCUUUGAGGCCUCAAGGAAAGCUUGUGAGCAGCUCUCUUUAGGUGUUGCAGCCAUAUUCGGGCCAUCACACAGUUCCUCAGCCAAUGCAGUCCAGUCCAUCUCCAAUGCACUAGGAGUGCCACAUAUCCAGACCAGAUGGAAACACCAAAUAUCGGAUAAUCGUGACUCAUACUAUGUCAGUCUUUACCCUGACUUCUCCUCACUCAGCCGUGCCAUCCUGGAGCUCGUUUACUUUUUCAGGUGGGACACAGUUACGGUGGUGUACGACGACAGCACAGGUUUGAUUCGUCUGCAGGAGCUGAUCAAAGCUCCCUCCAGAUACAACAUCCGUCUGAAAAUCCGCCAGCUCCCUGCAGAGUCUAAGGAUGCCAAACCACUUCUUAAAGAGAUGAAAAAAGCAAAAGAGUUUCACGUCAUCUUUGACUGUGGCCAUGAGAUGGCUGCAUGGAUACUCAAGCAGGCUCUCUCUAUGGGGAUGAUGACAGAAUAUUAUCACUACAUCUUUACAACACUGGAUUUGUUUGCGUUAGACAUGGAGCCGUACCGCUUCAGCGGCGUGAACAUGACCGGCUUUCGGAUCCUGAACACCGAGAGCGCUCAGGUGUCUUCGAUCAUAGAAAAAUGGUCCAUGGAGAGACUGCAGGCGCCGCCAAAGCCCGACUCAGGACUGCUGGAUGGAUUCAUGACGACAGAUGCAGCUCUGAUGUACGACGCGGUACAUGUCGUAGCAAUAGCUGUGCAGCAAGCACAGCAGAUCACUGUGAGCUCUCUACAGUGCAACCGGCACAAGCCCUGGCGCCUCGGAGGGAGGUUCAUGAGCCUCAUUAAAGAGGCUUCGUGGGACGGUCUGACGGGACGAGUUCUCUUCAACAAAACCAACGGCUUGAGAACAGAUUUCGAUCUAGACGUAAUCAGUUUAAAGGAAGAUGGCCUGGAAAAGAUUGGCACAUGGGAGCAUCUAAGUGGCUUAAACAUGACAGAACAUCACAAGAGUAAAGCCACCAAUGUUACAAACUCUUUGUUCAACAAAUCACUAAAGGUCGCCACUAUUCUGGAGGAACCCUAUGUGAUGUUUAAGAAGUCGGAUAAACCUCUCUGUGGCAAUGACCGCUUUGAGGGCUAUUGCGUGGACUUGCUGCGUGAGCUCGCCGCCAUUCUCGGAUUCCAUUAUGAGAUCCAGUUGGUAGAGGAUGGAAAGUAUGGAGCGGUGGAGGAGAGCACGGGCCAGUGGAACGGCAUGGUGCGAGAACUUAUAGACCAUAAAGCAGAUCUGGCAGUGGCUCCCCUGGCCAUAACGUAUGUGAGAGAGAAAGUCAUCGAUUUCUCCAAGCCCUUCAUGACUCUUGGCAUCAGCAUCCUGUACCGCAAGCCCAACGGCACAAACCCUGGCGUCUUCUCCUUCCUCAAUCCCCUUUCCCCCGAUAUCUGGAUGUAUAUUCUGUUGGCUUACUUGGGUGUCAGUUGUGUGCUGUUUGUCAUAGCCAGGUUCAGCCCGUAUGAGUGGUAUAAUCCUCAUCCCUGUAACCCUGAUUCUGACAUGGUGGAGAAUAACUUCACUCUUCUAAAUAGUUUCUGGUUCGGAGUUGGGGCUCUCAUGCAGCAAGGGUCUGAGCUCAUGCCCAAAGCUCUCUCUACCAGAAUAGUUGGAGGAAUCUGGUGGUUCUUCACCUUGAUCAUCAUUUCAUCAUACACAGCAAACCUCGCUGCUUUCCUCACUGUGGAGAGAAUGGAGUCUCCCAUUGACUCAGCUGAUGACCUGGCCAAGCAGACGAAGAUCCCCUAUGGUGUAGUUGAAGAUGGAUCUACCAUGACGUUCUUCAAGAAAACAAAGAUCUCUACUUAUGAUAAGAUGUGGGAGUUCAUGAACAGCAGGAGGCAGUCUGUGAUGGUAAAGAGUGUAGAAGAGGGCAUCCAGCGAGUCCUGACAUCUGACUACGCGUUCCUCAUGGAGUCCACCACAAUCGAGUUUGUCACUCAGCGCAACUGCAAUCUCACACAGGUUGGAGGCCUAAUUGAUUCCAAGGCCUAUGGAGUGGCAACACCUAUGGGCUCUCCUUACCGAGAUAAGAUCACUAUAGCGAUCUUACAGUUGCAAGAAGAAGGAAAACUUCACAUGAUGAAAGAGAAAUGGUGGCGAGGUAACGGUUGUCCAGAGGAGGAAAGCAAAGAGGCAAGUGCACUGGGAGUGCAAAACAUUGGCGGCAUCUUCAUCGUGCUGGCUGCUGGAUUGGUCCUUUCAGUUUUUGUAGCUGUGGGUGAAGUGCUAUACAAGUCCAAACUGAAUGCACAGAUGGAGAAGCGAUCGUUUUGCAGUGCUAUGGUGGAUGAACUAUCAGUGUCUCUGAAGUGUCAGCGGCGACUCAAACAAAAACCUCAGCCUCCCACCAUUGUCAAAACUGAGGAAGUGAUAAACCUACACACCUUCAAUGACAGAAGACUGCCAGGAAAAGAGACCAUGGCUUGAGGGUCAUCACUUCCCUGCCUCUCUCCCCUCUCAGAGAGGUGUGAGAAAGCGUGGGGCAAGAGAGAGCUUGGGCCAGGAGACAACUCCUCUAAUGCCUUCGGGUCCACCGGGACCAACCCAGCUCUCGUCCUCAGAGAUGUUUCCUGUGGAAAUCCAGAUACCUGGGCGGAAUCAAUCUGUAAACCUUUACGGACGUGCAUAGCAAUCAUAUCUGUUUAAAGUCUCUUGCUAUGCCUCACACUGUUAGGGACAUAAGAAUAAGGUUUUACUACUUGUUCUUACUGUACCAGUAUCUGUUCGAGUAGAUGUUCAACAUCUCCGUGGAUGGAGAGCCCCAGAGUUAAAAUUGUCACAUUUUAUAAUAGUUCCAGUUAUCAAAUUCUGUUUGUGGUAUAUUGUUGGUUGUUUUUUUUUUUCAUUUGGUCUACGUUUAAAAAAAUACGUGACUUAAAAAAUGACUUUGAAUGUGUACGAAAGUUCAGGCAAACAUUUUCAAUAAACUUAAACCCCAAGCUUACAACUGCAAACCACACCAACAAACAAAAAACACACCAACAAAGCACAACAGCAUUACAUCAAAGUAGAAUUAUGAUGUACUAUUACAUAUUGUGUUAUUUUUAUUAUAGGAUUAAUUCUUUCCUCCAAAUGACUCGGCUUUCUUUAGGUGGCUUUUUAACAUUUACGUAUUAAUGAUGUUGGAUUGGCACCAUUAUGGUGUGAGUAGUGCCCAGUUGGGGAAGUUACAAACAAAAAAAUUGUAAUCUACUACAAAUGACUAAUUACUACUUAAAAAUUGUAAUUUGAUUACAUAACUUAUUAUUACAUUAGUAUAUAGUAAAAAGUAAUCAGAUUACUAAUUAUGUUACUUUGAGGUUACUUUAAAAACAUGUCACUGUGUGCACCUGUGAUGUGAACCUUUAGUCUGUCCUUGCUCACUCUGUGAGCUCCCUAUGUAGGCUUCCCCAAUUCUGCAGGUGCGCAAAGGGGCGAGGCCGCCAGGUCGGGCUGACUGGCAAUAAUUAAUGUUAAUGGGUCUCGGGCUUUCUCCGCAUUAAAAAUCCUCAGUGAACCUGUUACAAGAUCAAAAAGCUGUCUGAUGAUUGAUUAAAGCGCAUGCUCGUUAACUGAGGCUGCUGCGCAAAACGUGACUGAUUGACUACAUUACAGUGGUAACGUUAUGUUAAUGACAUUGGUCACUGUAAUCAAAUUACAUGCAUUUAAAAUCUGAUGCGCUACAUUACUGCGUUAUCAGGAAAAGUAAUUAGAUUACAGAAAUGCAUUACACAGUAACACGUUAUACCCAACUCUGGUAGCGCCAUAUGCAAAUUCUUGACAAAAACGUAAAAAAAAAAAAUCAUCAGUUGGCUGAUUUAGGCUCAUAAUUAAAAACUUAAGCUUGUGAUAUUUCACAAGGAACUACCCUUUUUAGUUUAAGAUUGUAGUUAAAGUUAGCUUGUUUUUGGUUUUGCUAUCAUGUUUUUCCGCUGUUGCGAUUUGCUGUUGCGUUUUCGGUUUGUUAAUGUGUUCUGCAUUGUACUAAGCUACACCUUGUUUGUCUAGUAAUCUUCAAAACUGGGAAAAACUAAUUAAGAUUUCAAUACAGUUUUAACUGACAAAAGAUUGUAAAACAGCAGAUGUUGUAUGAUAGUUGUUGAAUGAGUGAAAUCGAAAAUUGAAACUCACAUUUUUGUAAUUUGGCUGCUUGUUUUAACUGCAAUCACUGGAAACUUUAUAUACAGUUGUGUUUAAAGAAGUCAAACAUUAGUUAGGAGAGCUCAUCUCAUCUCACACAGUGUCUACUGUAUACUGGUUUAUUCUGUAUACAGGGUCGUAAAAUGGAAACUUCCCCAUGCGGGAGUUGAACCCGGACCCUGGAGGUGCAAGGUGACAGUGCUAACCACUAAGCAACUGUGCCGCCUUGUUAGGGGAAACUUUUCCUUUGAUGUUGUUAUACAUAUGCAGAAGUCUAAGCACAUUUGGUAACGUAAAGGAAGGCUGAAAUGAGCUAAGCAAUUUAUAAUAAAUGUACGAAGUUUUGGCCAUAAGCAUAAGCUGAUAAAUCUGCAAAUAUAAAAUUCAUGAUUUUGGAAUGACUAAAGGAGUGAAAAUGUAACUCUUUUUUUUCUUUUUGGAUUGUCCCCCGAUUUUCUCCCUAAUUUAGUUGAAUCCAUUUCCCACCCGUCAUUAGGGCACUCCCGCAUUAAGGCUACUACUACCACUCAGGGAGGUUCGAAAACUAAUACAGGUGAUGCCAGCUAACUGCAUCUUUUCAAACUGCUGGCUCACACACCGAUAGGACCGGGGUAACACACUCGGAGGACAGCGCUAUCCACUCGCGUGAGCUCACAAACACCCAUGAUUGGCUGUAGAGCCAUGAUUGAUGUGAAAGCUCUGAGUGCCUCCCAUUCCUCCGGUCUGGUAGAGCUCGGCUAAUCAGCGUUCUCCAGGCCCCUGGCUGCAGGAGGCUACAUCAUCACCCGGGAUACGAACUUGCGUUCUAUCAGCUCUGGAUGAUAGGGCAAGCACUUUCCUGCAGCGCCACUCGGGGGCUAAAACGUCCAAUUACAAAGCAGUGGAACCGCGGCAUACGAAUGCCCUCCCUUAUGAAUUUUCACCUCAAGAAUUUAAAUUUUGUAAGGAAUUUGCAUUUGCAUAUGAAGCAUGUUCAGCAUAUAAAUGAACCGAACCAAACUGAACAUCGGCUAAGUUGUGGGUGUGUUCAGGAGGAGUUUGCGUCAGUGGAAAGGUAAGCAAAGCGAGUUUAUAAAUUCUGUUUAGAGUCAACCCACGAUACCAACAUUGCCUUAGACAUGUGUUCAAAAGCUACAUGAUUUGUCUCGUGGUUUUUUUUUUUUUUUUUUUGUAAUAUUGGUAUUAUUUUAAGUG